AGGUUGACGAGGCACUGGAGAGGCUCUGCAUUUCUGCUGAUCCGACCGAGGCGCUUAUUUUUACAUGAAUAAUACACCUCAGCGUGGUGUUGGUAAAAUAGCUGAUUGAAGAAUAACCCAAACAGCAGAUUCAUAAUGGAAUCUUAUGACAUUAUAGCAAACCAGCCGGUUGUAAUUGAUAAUGGCUCUGGUGUUGUCAAAGCUGGGUUUGCUGGAGACCAGAUUCCUAAAUACUGUUUUCCAAAUUAUGUGGGACGACCCAAGCAUGUCCGGGUGAUGGCUGGGGCCCUCGAGGGGGACAUCUUCAUUGGCCCUAAAGCUGAGGAGCACAGGGGGUUGCUGUCUGUGCGUUACCCGAUGGAGCACGGCAUCGUGAAGGACUGGAACGACAUGGAGCGCAUCUGGCAGUAUGUGUACUCCAAAGAGCAACUGCAGACCUUCUCCGAGGAGCACCCGGUGCUCCUGACAGAGGCGCCGCUGAACCCCAGUAAAAACCGUGAGCGUGCAGCGGAGGUGUUCUUCGAGACCUUCAACGUGCCCGCGCUCUUCAUCUCCAUGCAGGCAGUGCUCAGUCUAUAUGCCACGGGCCGAACCACGGGGGUGGUGUUGGACGCCGGAGACGGGGUGACGCAUGCCGUUCCCAUCUAUGAGGGGUUUGCUAUCCCGCACUCCAUCAUGCGAGUGGACAUCGCUGGCCGGGAUGUAUCCCGUUACCUUCGUCUGCUGCUGCGCAAGGAGGGCUACGACUUCCACACCUCUGCUGAAUUUGAGGUGGUGCGCACCAUCAAGGAGAGAGCCUGCUACCUCUCCCUAAACCCUCAGAAGGACGAGACCCUGGAGACAGAGAAAGCUCAGUACACCCUCCCUGAUGGAAGCACUCUGGACAUCGGACCGGCCCGGUUCCGGGCACCGGAACUGCUGUUCAGGCCUGACCUGAUCGGGGACGAGAGCGAGGGGAUUCAUGAAGUGCUGGCCUUCGCAAUUCAGAAAUCUGACAUGGACCUGCGACGCACACUCUUCUCCAACAUCGUCCUGUCUGGAGGGUCAACACUCCUCAAAGGGUUUGGUGACCGAUUACUGAGUGAGGUGAAGAAACUUGCGCCUAAAGAUGUGAAAAUCAAGAUCUCAGCACCACAGGAGAGGUUAUAUUCCACAUGGAUAGGGGGAUCCAUCCUGGCCUCCCUGGACACCUUUAAGAAGAUGUGGGUUUCUAAGAAGGAGUAUGAAGAAGAUCGUGUCCGUGCCAUCCACAGGAAGACGUUUUAAUAGGGGACCUGUCCCUCUGGCCUUCCUCUCCCUGGUUCUCCCGCCCUCUGCCUCAAGCUUGACCUUUCUCCUACCCAUUCUAUACUCCCACGGGGACCCUGCCCCUUGCCCCCUGCCCUCCCAGGCUUGCAAUGCCUUCUGUUGCUCCGAACCCCUUCUCAUCGGGACUCUUGCUGUUGGGGGGGGUUUGGGCAGGCAGUGUGUGUUCAGUCGACACCCUGUUAGUACCCAUCAGUCACACAAACAGCUUUUCAGGGCAUCAGUCACCACUAUUCACUCUCACUUAAAUUACUGAAGGUAAAUUCUAUUCCAUGCUUAAGUAUUUAUUAGACUAUUUACCCUGCCCUGUCCAGCGGUUUUGUCUGCUCCAGGAGCCAGCUGGUGAUUUUUGGUGCAGUGUGUUCCCUGUCCUAACACGCUGUUUACGCUUGGGUGAACCUUGCAGUUCAGUCAGCCAUGUUAGUGCAGGUGAAAGCUCGGCUGUGCUGGAGCACGGCAAACCCUGGGCAUUGCCGUGGCCCUCCAACACACACACAACCUGGAAUUGAUUUGGAUGGAAACGGAAGGUGUGAAUGUUUUACUCUCUUGUAAAAAUGUCAUUCCACAGAUGAAGAGGAUGGUUUUUCUCUCUGUAAUGUGGUUGUCUCAGUUAGAUGUGACCCUGUGGAUGUCUGUCGUAGAAGUCAUGAUCGUAGUGCUUCUCUUUGGUUUGUCAUUGCUUGUUAGUGUCAUGGGGUUGUCGGUGAACCACUGCUCUCCACCACUACAGUCCUAUACAGGUAGUUGGUCCAUUCCACUUCGAGGGAUGCUGUAUACUCAGAUUCUACAUACCUAGCUAGAUUUGUUGCUGCUUGAAAUUUUGACCGGUGUUACCCUGAGUAUGCUUUUACUGUGGAACCAUCAAUAUAGGACGGAUGUAAAGACUUUGGGAUGUGUUGCUUACUUUUUUUGUUUACAUGCUCUGAACAUAUUUAUAAACUUUAGUUCCAAACUCCAUGCAUUUCCACCUAGUAGUCCACUUCAUCAAGGCCACCCCAAUCCUGCCCAGCACGUACGGCUCUGAGGGGAUUUAUGCUACUCCCAAAUAACCUUUGGUUUCUUGUCAUCUCCAAACAGCAGAAGGUGUUGCUUAAAUCUUUGGUAGACAUAUUAAAUGAAGGAUGCAACUGAUGACAGGCUUAUUUUGUCCAGUAAUUGUUAUUCUUGUGAUACACUUCCUCUAUAAAUAACAAAUAGCAUGAUCAGAAACCUUUAUCUGUGAUUCUGAAUUUCGUGGUCCAUCUAAAACAAUGAAGCAGACACUAAAAUAAUGGAAACACCAGCUGGGUCACGAUUUUGCAGAGACGAGCUUAAAAAACCCUUAAAACAACACAAUAGAGAUAAUGUCCAAGAAUCUGAUAAUGUAGACAUUUAAAAGAGGUUUUGAGUUUUUAAAGAACACAUUAGAAUGUACCGAAGUUAUGUGACAUUUUGUACAAGAUAAAUGUGGAAUGACAGCAGAGGCUUGUUGAAAAGGGGAAACAUGGAUAGAAAUGUAAAAAAACCCCACUUGAACACACAUCUAAAACACGAGUGCAGAAGUUAACCCUUCCUAGCCAAGGUACAACUGCACUCUUACCUGCUGGGGACUGAAGGCUCUCAUCUAAAGACAUAGAACAACACAGUGUGAUGAGACAGGUGUGUGUAGCCUUGGAGAAAGUCAACCAUAUUGUUAAAUGCAGAUCCCAGCUGUUUUAUUGAUUUUUUUAAUUUUUUUUAUUUUUUUUUUACUUUUUUUUUGGGGGGGGGGGGGGGGAGUAACAACUGUCGCUACGCUGAAGAGGAAAAACCCAACUCCUAAUUACGGAUCUGUGAAAGAGCAAGCAGGUGUUUCCAUUAUUGUGUUUCAGCACCUGGUUAAAGUGUGAGGAGCUGGUCUGCAGCCUGCCCUGCCUGAGGCAGGACUGCACUGGCUUUACCGCAAUGUCCAAACAUUGUCCUUUUUUCUUUUUUCCUUUUUUAAAGAUAUAAUCAUCAGCCUUGUGUACAGUGCAUUGCUAUUAAAAAUGACUAAAAUGUACAAUAUUGUUCCUUCAGCUGUUGCUUUUAUUUUCAUUUUGUAAAUUCAUGAUGAUAAAUAAAUUAAUGACCGCUGUCUGAAUUCAGCGCUUUCCUCUUCAA